GAGGCCAAAGUGCUGGAGAAAACAAAAACCAAAGCUGAACCAAGGACUUUAAGAUAUCACUUGGAUCAAGAGACUUGGAUAAAACAGGAGAUUAAUGCUGAAGAGCUUGGGGAAUCAGGAAGUCCACAUUUCAGCUGAAAUUAACAAUUCAUUCCUAAAUUUACUGAAAUACCCUUGAACAAUGCUCUUGCAAGUAUUUUGCAUUGUUGUGCUGGCCACAUUGUGCGUGAGGACAACUGACCCUGACCAGUGCAGAUGUGAAGAUAGAAUGCAUACUUGCAUUGUCCGUGAUGGAACUCCUGGAGUUAAUGGAUUACCUGGGAGAGAUGGGUUGCCAGGACCUAUAGGUGAAAGGGGAGAGCAAGGAUUGCAAGGGAUUCAGGGUCCCCCAGGGAAAGCCGGGCCUCCUGGGCAAAAAGGAGAUUGUGCUCCCUUAGGAGAGAGCGGAUCAAGUGAAAGUAAGCAUAUUGAGCUUGAACAGCUUAAAACUCAGAUGAAGGAAUUGCAAAUACAACUGCAGGCUUUGCACGAAGAAGUUAACAAAACCAAGAAAGCUCUGUGUAAUCCUCCUGGUGUAAGAGUUGGUGAAAAGAUAUUCACCGCAGACGGCUCCAAAGGCACCUAUGAUUUUGCAAAACUCAGUUGCGUGCAGAAGAGUGGCAUGCUCGCAUCUCCAAGGAAUGCUGCUGAGAACAGGGGUGUGCAGCAAAUUGUGGGGUUGCAUAAGAAACAUGCAGUCCUUGGCAUAAAUGAUAAAGAAAAAGAAGGUACAUACAAGUAUCCGAAUGGAGAAACAAUAGGAUUUACAAACUGGAAUGAAGGUGAACCCAAUAAUCUUAGUCAAGAGGACUGUGUAGAGAUAUUUGAAAAUGGAUUGUGGAAUGACGUUGCAUGUAGCACUGAAUAUCUAAUAGUUUGUGAAUAUGAAUCCAGAUGUGAUUGAGAGGAUUCCUUAGUAUGGCAUUUUACAUAUGUUAAUUUUAACUUUCAGACAACUAUAGAAUUUAUAGUCGAUUAACCUUCUGUUAAGGUCUAACUGAUGAAUUAGUUGUAUUUAUAUUUAAAUAAAUGUGUGUAUGACUCAACAUUUAGUAGAAGGCUCUUUUUGAAUUCUGAGAUAACAAAAUCUAGCAACUAUUGUUGG